AUGUCCAUGAGAUCACCUCGUGGUCCUUCACCACAACGCUCACUCGAGCAGGACCGAGCGCGAUCGCGGUCGCAUUCUAUUGUGGUAGAGAAAUUGACCAAAAAUGUUACGGAAAAUCACAUCCGAGAGAUCUUUGGGGACUUUGGAGACAUCGAGUAUCUCGAUCUUCCAAUCAACAAGGCUUUUAUGACCAACCGUGGAACGGCGUAUAUUCUCUAUUAUGACCCUGCCGAUGCAGAGGCCGCUAUUGCUCACAUGCACGAGGCUCAGCUUGAUGGGGCCAUCUUGAAUGCCAGCAGUCUCCGCCAAGGAGACAUGGAGGUGGACGGCCUACGGAACGUCAUGAUGUCUACAGACCAAGGUCUCUAUCUCGGUCACGAUCCCCCGUUCGUUCUCGGUCGUACUCUUCUCGAUCACGGUCUCCCCUACCCCGACGAGGUAGUCUUCGCGCAGACUCGCGCCACCGCAGGCGCCGUAGCCCAAGUUACAGCAGUUAUGGUGACAGCAGUCGUAGCCGCAGUCCAGCCAGAAGCCGUGGCCGAAACCGCCACUGAGCACCCAAUGGUUCAAAAUAUCAUGUCACUGUCUUCAUGGAGUGUGGUUCCUUGGUGCGAAAAUUUACCUUCUCUGCUUGGCCUUCUGUUGCAGGCAACUGAAUGUCUUCCACAAAACAUCCACAAUCAAUGUAUUAAAAUCAAGAAAGAAACCGAAGCUACGGAGCAGCACCUAAAUGAAUAA